CUCUCUCUUCCUCUGCAACCGAAGCUCUCCACCCUAUUCCCUUCUCUCUCUAUUGUCCUUACCCCUUUUCUCUCUCUGUAACCCCUUUCUAUCUCUCUCUGCAACCAGUCUCUCUCUUGUUGUUGCUCUCUUUCUUCAAGCCCUAUCCCUCAUUUGUUGCCGCCAGCUCUCUUAUCCUUCUGUCCUAUCUCUUCAAUCCCUUGAAGAAAUUUCAGUGUGUAAAAUAGGCUGGGUGAUUCUCACUAUUCCAUUUAAAUGAAGCAUAUUUUAAAGAUUAUAUCAUUGCUCGUAGCAAUUUUUGCUAUUUGGAUCGGCUUCUUGAAACUUUCCAUAAUUCCUGAUUCUCAGGCCUGGUUGUUGCCAAUCUAUCUUGUAAUAUCCUUGGGAUGCUAUGGUCUAUUCAUGGUGGGAUGGGGUUUGAUGCUGUUCCCAACAUGUCCACAUGAAGCUACGCUGCUAAAAAAGGAUAUUUCUGAGGCCAAAGAUUUCUUGAAGCAAAGAGGAGUUGAUGUGGGUGAAGGCUAAGGCUGAUGGAAAGGAUGCCCUCUUUGACCCAAUGAUGGGAGAGAAAAUGCUAAACCGUUGAUGGUUCGAGGUUUUGCCUUUAGAGAAAAUGCUAACUGUUAAUGGUUCGAGGUUUGUCUUUAGAGAAAAUUGUAACUUUUAACAGCUCGAGGUUUUGUUUUUAUAUCAUUUUUUUGUUGUUUCUUUUACCAGUUUUUGGUGGUUGUCUAAUCAAGGCUGGUACAAGGACUAUUUUUCAUAUGAGUGUUAGUGUUUGGUUACUUUACUUCUGAGUCGGUAUUUUUUAGUGUAAUGGAGGGAGUAUAUGUGAUAGAGUUCAUUGUUAGUGACAAAGAUUGUAAUUUGAUUUGA